ACAUGCCCUAAUUGGAAUCAGGUCUUGACACGGGAGCCCGGCAGGCAAGCAAGCACAUGCCAUUGUCCUCCUCAUCCACCACGACAGACAGCAACAGAGUCAAGAACAGCAGGCGCCAUGAGCUACAUCAACGGCUACUCGGCCGAGGAGACGGCGAGGCUGGACCACCAGCACGGUGCAUACAAGGCCAUGCUCCACGGCAAGCUCUUUUCGUCGCGCGUGAGGGACGCAGCGGCGCGCGGCGAGGUGAAGCGCGUGCUCGACGUGGGCACCGGCACGGGCAUCUGGUGCUACGACGCCCUGGCGGAGCUCCACGCGCUCAGCGGCAGCCAGGGCCAGGUCAUUGUGGGCACCGACGUCGUGGAGAACGAGCAGUGGAAGGCGCACAGCGGGCCGGGCCGCGUCUUUGUGCAGGCCGACCUCAACGACGAGGCGGGCAUGCUGAAAAUCGCAAAGGAGCACGGGCCAUUCGAUGUCGUCAGUGCGCGCCUCCUCAGCGUGGCCAUCAAGGAGGGCAAGUGGGAGACAUUCAUGCAGACCCUCUCCAAGCUCCUCCGGCCUGGCGGCUUCGUUCAGCUGCUGGAGAUCGAUGCCAUCAACAGCCACAGCUGCCCCACGCAUGCGGGCCAGACGUACCGGGAAGGCGCAGAGGCCCUCAUCGUGCCCCACGCGCUGUACCGCGUGUCGGGCUGCGACCCUCACUGCUCGCCGCGCCUCGCUGAGCGCCUGAGACGAUCUGGCUUCGUCGGCGUCACAAACGAGCUCAUCUACGGCGACUCGCACGACGUUAAUGCAGACGGGAGUCGAACCCUGAACAAGGCCGUCGACGAGUGGAUGCAACGGACAAACGAGCACCUGAAGCCCAUCUUUCUCAAGGUCCGGCAGCUGCCACACUACAAGGCGCUCCUCGACCGCCUCCCUCCCUGGAUCCUGGAGCUGACCGACGGCAGGCCCGAGGCGCUGCUCAAGGACGAGGCCGAGUACGACGACUUUGCGCGGCGCCACGAGAAGCGGUGGCGCGAGGAUCCGGCCUGGCACUGUGCAAUCAACGUUGCCGUGGGCCAGAAGGCAGUCAUUUGAGGCAGCAGGGACCGCCACAUAUAGCAAUGAUCGCUGGACGGGGCACCCUCGUCUCUUUCUUAUUGCUGGUCAUUGUCAGGGCUGUAGGUUGCUCCAGAAUGAAAUAGAGGAUAUCUCUGCGGCCUUUGUAAUGCCCCACAAGCAGGCAUAAGGAG